AUGAGAUGCGCCACGCCAUCCCAGCUCGUCACCUACGCCGCAUUCAUCCUCGGACUACUCGGCCCAGUAGGCAGUACGCAGGUCACGGGAAGCACGAUGGCCGCGAUGAUGAUGCCGACGGCGGCGACGUCGACGACGAGUGAGGCGAAGAAGAAGAACAACAUGACGAGGCCCGACCCGACGAUGCCGCUGGCGCCGAUGCCGCUUCCGCCGUCGGGCGCCGGGCGGCACGGGGAGGAGAUCGUGAGACAGCUGACGGGCCUCACGCGGUCCGGCAUCAGCGGCGGGGGAGCAGGGCCGGGUGGCGGGAGCCGGUUACGAUUCGUCAAGAGGGUGGAGCUGGAGGGGGAGCUGUGGGAGCCCGAGGGGAUCGUGAGGCUGGCGGGAGGAUCGGUAUCCUCGUCGUCGUCGUCGUCUGCCGUUGACGCCGCCGGGGGAGACGAAGGGGACGGGCGGGAUGAGAGGUUCUGGGUGUCGGCGGGGGAGUACACGGUCCCGACGGAGAAGUUCCCGGGGGGCGAGUGGGUAGACGGGACAGACCGCACCGCAGGGGCGGGGUUCGCGCACAUGGUGGUGUUUGACGGGACGGGGCGGCGGUUGGCAGACUGGGUCGUCUCGGAGGAGGGGGACCUGGAGUACCACAACGGCGGGCUCGACUACGACGGCCGGCACAUCUGGGCGACUCUCUCGCAGUACCGGCCCAACACGACGGGGACGGUGGUGAGGAUCGACCCGGCGGAGCUGACGACGGAGGCCGUGCUGCGGGUGGACGACCACCAGGGCGGGAUCGUGCACGACGUCGAGACGGGGACGCUGACGACGCUGAACUGGGGCGGGAGGACGGCGAGGCGGUGGGACCUGGGGAGGACGAGAGUCGGGGCAGUCAGGCUCGGCGGCGGCGGUGACGGUGUUGGAGCAGCAGGAGGGGGAGGAGGAGGAGGAGGAGGAGGAGGAGAGCAAGGGGGCGGCGGGGGCUUCGACGAGCCGGAGAGGGAGACGGUGAACCCGUCGUACUGGGUCGACUACCAGGACUGCAAGUCGCUGGGCCGCGUGGGCGGGCGGUCGCUGAUGCUGUGCUCGGGGAUCGCGACGGCGGCGCCGGGCGUCGAGGUCGGCGGGCUGGCGGUCGUGGACGCGGAGGACAUGGUGCCCGUGUGGGAGGCACCGUUCAUGGAGAGGACGGGGGCGAGGGGGGGCGAAGGAGGCGGGGAGGGCGUGUUGAUGACGAAGAACCCGAUGGACGUCGCGCUCGUCGAGGGACGGGGGCGGAGCGCGGUGUACGUUUAUGAGGUCUGCGAGGGGUGA